AUGAGUGCUGCAGUCCUGGACAAAUGCCCGGUGAGCAACGCAGCGCUAUGUCAUGCUAACUUGAUCAGAGUGCUGGAAGCUGGCGCUAUUGCUCAAAUGCCCAUAUAUGUAUCCUGUCUGAUGGCCAUUUUGAACAGCGAUGAUUACAGAAGUGAACUGAUUUUGUUCAAUAUUCUAACAGCGUUAGGAAACGUGAUGACGGACUCAUUCCUGUUCGCUGUCGACGUGCUCAGUGAACAUCUGGUCCAUAACUCGUCAAAGGAUGUCAUUUACUACAGUGGAAAAUACUUUGCCGAUGACGAAGAUGAUCGCGAUGGCGAUCUCACUAGGACACUCGUGGUUGCCCUCGAUUUCCUUGAGACCUGUUUCAAGUAUGAUGCUCGUCAGGUCAUUUGUGGCCAGUGGUUUGACAUCAUCCUGCAGCCCACUGUUGAUCGGUUCGACAACAUUAAAUUAUUGCGCUAUGAAUCCUUAACGACCGGCCACUCGAUCCCCUUCCUGCUAUCGUUAGCCGAUGCCGUAGGCAAUGACUCGUCAUGGGAAACCCUCGACUACCAAGUUUUGUUGAAACGCGACAGCCGGAUCGGCAGACGAGAACGAGGAAGUGGAAGCUCAGUGUCACAAAGUUAUCGCGUCAUCGAGCGGGUUCUGGGCGAAAAGAUUGACAAGUUCUUUUAG